AAGAAGUUGCAACUCUGAGAUUUUUCCUUUUGGCUUGCUGUGCUGUUGGCUUUUUCGGUUUAAAUAAUUUUGUUAAUUGCUUCAUUUUAAGUUAAUAAAAUGUAAAUCUAAUAACUUAAAAGCAUUAUUAACAUAUUGCGCAAAGAUUUGAAUAAUUUCGGUUCGGUUUUAAUGAUUUCUGUGCAUUUUAUUUGCGGCCUUCAUGGUAGAAACAACCUGUGAAACUUGUUUUUGUUGUUGUAUUCGAUAAUUGAGAAGAAAAGUCUCGGUCGUGUUCUUGUAUGGUGAGGAGUGGCUGAAUUUGUGGAGAAGUAAAAAAGUGACAUAAACGUCAAAAUAGCGGCAGAAAAGUGCUUAGAAAAUUUGUGAUUGGGUAUUGGGGAAAUCGCAGGCGAAGUCCAAAAAGACAACACUGAUACCCAAAAAGCAGUAAGAACAGGAUCAGUAGGUUUGUUUCGACAACGCACAAGUUUAGCUAAACCACAGACUAGAAACUAUUGUGGGGCGGUGGCGGCGGCGUCGUCGUUGCGUUUCGGCAAGCUACAAGUUGCUGCAUCAACUCUUGCUUGACGUUAGCUUAAAGUAAGACAGAAUUAGGAUACGAAGUGGGAAAAUUUAUAGCAACGACAAUACCGAUUGGACACAUUCAACGUUGAUGAAGUAGUUGAGACGCAUGCUGAAGAAAGGUGUCGAAAGUGGUCUGGCGAAUGCUUGUAUUCAUGUAAAUUUUGCUAGAGGGAAAUGUUGCGCUUUUUAAGUCGUCGGAAGGUGCGUAGCAACUAUGUGGAAAGCAGAGGUGGUGUUGCCGGUGGUCCCGGCGGAGCUGGUGUUACAAAUGCAAACAGUAGUGGCGGCACACAAAUUAAGGCGCAGCGUUUGCCAAUCAACAAAAAUAAAAUUGAGUGUCGCGUAGUGCUUUUAGACAAUACAGAUCUCUCUAUCGAACUAUCAAAAAAGGCACUCGGCAGCUUCUUAUACGAACAAGUCUUCUAUGCAUUAGACGUCAUCGAAAAAGAUUACUUCGGUUUGCAAUUUACAGAUGCGAACCAUGUUAAGCACUGGCUGGAUCCUACAAAACCUAUUAAGAAGCAAGUAAAGAUCGGACCACCAUACACCUUUCGUAUGAAAGUUAAGUUCUAUUCGUCGGAGCCAAACACUUUACGCGAGGAACUGACACGCUAUCUAUUCUUCCUCCAAUUGAAACAAGAUCUGCUAGAAGGUCGCUUAGAUUGUCCCGAUGACAAAGCUGCUGAAUUGUGUGCGCUCGCAUUGCAAUCUGAACUUGGUGAUUACGAUGAACAAGUGCACACAGCGGCCACAGUUUCGGAAUUCCGCUUUGUGCCGGAACAAACUGAGGAUCUGGAAAUUGCCAUAUUGGAUGAGUAUAAGACAUGUCGCGGUCUAACGCCUGCGCAAGCAGAAACUGCCUACUUAAAUAAAGCGAAAUGGUUGGAUAUGUAUGGCGUUGAUAUGCACACAGUCUUGGGUAAAGACGGUUGCGAGUAUCAUUUAGGCUUAACACCAACGGGCAUUUUGGUUUUUGAGCGUGAUCAAAAAAUCGGCUUAUUCUUCUGGCCGAAAAUUAGUAAAUUGGAUUUUAAAAAGAAGAAACUCACGCUAAUCGUUAUCGAAGACGAUGAUGAAGGACGCGAACAGGAACACACUUUUGUUUUUCGCUUGUACAAUGAGAAAGCAUGCAAGCAUUUGUGGAAGUGUGCCGUAGAGCAUCAUACAUUCUUCCGUUUGCGUGCGCCGGUCAAAGGGCCUUCGGCACGUCAAAACUUCUUCCGUAUGGGUUCACGUUUCCGCUACUCUGGGCGCACAGAGUUUCAAACGACACAGCAAAGUCGUGCCCGACGCACUGUCCAAUUUGAACGACGUCCCUCACAACGUUUUGCCAGCCGUCAGUCGCAUCUGCUACGUGAUCGUCAAAAAGCUUCACAAGAAGCGGCUGCCUCAGCUGUAGCCGCAGUAAAUGCACGUGCCGCAGCCGCAGCCGCUGCCGCCGUUGAACCGGCUAACACUACACUCGACUCGUUGCUCACGAAUACGUCGACAGUCGAGUCGCAACUGUCCAAUGCAGCUACACCCUCGCCAUCCAUACAAACAGUUAUUUACAAUGCCAAUGCAGAUUUGCUACAUGAUACGGCAACAAGCAGUGCAGCUGCGGCGCGUAGCGGUAGUAGUGGCGUGCGUCGUAAUUCCAUGCGUUCGGAUUCAAGUGGCGAAGAAAGUGGCUACACUAAACUCGAUUGCUACAAUAAGGAAGCUUUGGCAGUGAAGCUUGACACUGAAUCCAUUGGUGCAACCAGUAGCAUAUACCCACCGACUACAACGAAAAAUGCCGAUGAUACUAAUCCGUUUAGAAACAAUGCCUCCUCGCAUCAUGGUUCCUUCGGCAAAGCGUCCAUCAGUUCGGGUUUCAGCAUUAGAAGUGCCUUAUCGGACAAAGAUAAAGAGCUAGAUUCAUUACUUAAGUCCAUUGUUAAAGAUCCAUCCCCAUCUAUACUAGCAACUGAAGCUAUUAAUGAUGCUAACAGUAUCAGAGUAACGAUAAAUAAAACCUUCGAUAUGGAACACAACACAGAGACAUUGAAGCGUCUUUCCAGCUCGGAUAAGCCGAAUAAUCAAGUGAAGCUGGCAAAUGUCGGCGGUGGCGCACUGCCGCCCGGACAUAUAAAAUGCAAUAUUUUAAAGGCACGCGUCGAAGAAGAGCUUGGCACUGGUGUGCACUCAAAUGCCAACACGAAUGCGAAAAUGACAAAUCAAAUGUUUGUGCCCGCGCCAAGCACAGUGCAACACAACAACAGCAAUAGCAUAUUCAGCAGUAUUAAUACGAACAACAACAACACAAUGUAUAGUAGUGACGGCCCAGACUCAUUAAAUGCCACCUACAUUUCUGUGGGCGGUGAUAAACUAACUUUGAGCAUAACGGAACAAAAACCAACUAGCAGCACCGCAAUCGCUGUGGGCAAUGGCAAUGCAGAGGCGAAUGCCUCGAAUACAUACGUUGCCGAGGCGACUGUUUUGCCAUCGCCCACAACACCAUCGGCGCGAAAGAUAACCGCUUCCAAAACGACAAUAUCACCAUUUUCCAAUGCCACUUUCAUAUCCGAAUUCAAUAGCAUGAGUCCCAACGCAUCGUCGUCGUCGUCGUCGUCGUCUUACAAUAAUACGCAUACAAGCACAGUUUUCACCACAACAACAGCAAAUCCUGCCAGCGCCAACGAAACAUUCACAAUUCGCAAAGGCAAUGCCACAACAACAGGUGAUAAUUUGUUGUUGACACCCACUACGCCACCAACAACAAAUAUUGCCACCAUAACCACACCACCACCAACGCCCACUCACACAUUCAGUGCCACAGCUGCGAGCAAUGCUUCCGCUGCGGAGCGUUUAAUUAACGAGAUUUUCAUUAAUAACAUAAUAAAUAAUAAUGUGCGUGCCACGAAUGAGAAAAAGUCCGCCAGCAGCACACUUAUUGGUAAUAGUAACGAUACGGAAUUGGUCAGUAUCGAUGGUGGCAACAAAGCGCCGACCAAACCGUCCGCUGGCACAACACUAUUCUCCACUUUGCGCGAGCAAGAACGCCAGCAGCAACAUGUAAACGAUGUGACUAACGAACUGGAGCGCUGUGAAACUGAUGGGCAAAUGCUAAUGAAAAAAGAAAUUGACAAUAAGCAUCAAAAUAAUCAUUCAGUCACUCAUAUUCCGAACAACAACGACAUGGUGUCACCUUGGCUGGUUUCAUCCGAAGUGGUUUCAGCGCCUAAAGGCAAAGAACCAACAAUUAUACGAAAAUCCGUUAUAACAACGCAAUUGUAAGUGCUCAAUUUUCUGAUAAUUAAUUUAGUUAGACAACAGUUUCGAGUGUGCGACCGUUAAGUUGCCUUAAUAAAAAAAAAAUGUUAGAAAUUUAUUUAUUGAAAUUUUAAAAGUAAAUGCCAAUGCAUUUGUGCAUGACGUAAGUGCCGAUUAUGUUAAAAAAAGCAUUCCAGAAGUUUGAAAAGUUGUAAACACAAGUAGAAAAAAAAUUAAUAAAAUAAUUAUGUAGCGGGAAGGCAUAAGGGCUUAACUUGUAUUUAUAAAACUUUGAAAACUGUUCGAAAAUUUUUAAAGAAAAUAAAAACACCAGAACCGGGUAUAAAUUUGCCGAAGUUUGUAAAACGCAACAGAAAACGUCGGAGACCCUAUAAGAUCGAUAAAUUAUGAUCAGCAUGUCGAGCUGAGUCGGUUCAGCCAUAUGUGUGUGUCUGUAUAUAUGUUAAAUCGUCCCUCAGUUUUGAAAUAUCGAUCUGAAGUUUUACACUUGUUCUUUUUUGACCAAGAAUUUGCUCAUUUGUCGGAAUUGGCCAAUUAUAUUCUAUAACUGCUAUACAAACUAAUCGUUCCAAAGCAGAUCUUUAUAUGGAAAACUUUUUUAUUUUACAAGAUAUCGUCACGAAAUUUGGCGUGGAUUAUUGUCUAAGACAAUGCAGCGAUCCCCGAACAAAUCGUUCAUAUCGGACCACUAUAUUCUAUAACUGUUAUACAAACUCACCGAUCACAAUCAGAUCCUUAUAUGGAAAACUUUUUUAUUUGACAAGAUAUCUUUGGCAGGGAUUAUUAUCUAAAUUGCUUACAUCGGACCACUAUAUCCUAUAGCUACCAUACAAACUCACCGAACAAAAUCAAGUUCUUGUAUGAAAAACUGUUUUUAUAUAUGAAGGGUAUUAUAGCUUCGGUCGACCGAAGUAAACGUUUUUCUUGUUUUAAUUGCAGUUAACGAGUUUCUAAUUUCUAGAACAGAAACGUAUUCUAAAUCAACAUGAGCGCUUAUGCCACUGCUACUUAGAUUUUUUGCCUAUCUAUAUAUUGCGGCAUAGCAUUUUAAUUACGUUAAACGAUUUUCCAUUGCUAGCAGAAUGCUUUCAUGCGUACUUAAUACAGAAUUCCAUAUUACCAUUUAUACUUAUAUACAUACAAACAUAUACAACACUUUGGCAUAAUUAAAAUAUGUAAAUGUUUAGAGACUAUGUGCAGCUUAUUAAUGUACUUAAUUUUACUAAAAAGAAUAAGAAUUGUUAACUCAUGUGCGAAUCACUAACACACACAUAUUUAUUAUAUAUGUGUAUAAAAAACUUAAAACUACAACAACUGAGCAAUGAUAAAACGAAACGAAUGUUUGUGCCUUAUUGUACUACAUAAAUAUAUACAUACAUACAUAUAGAGUUCCAAUAUUACUAAAGUUAAAGCAAUUGUUGCGCCUAAGUGCCCGCCUGAAAAGCAUUUUGAAGAUCCCAUCAACACAUGUCCAAAUGAAAAUAAGUGUUUAUAGUAUUUCUACUUAGAGCCGUGUAUGGCAUUUGAACUUAAGCGAGGUUUGUGGUUUACAGUUAUGUCAAAAAGGUGUCUCAAAUGACACCACUUUAAUUUCAUAUUGCAUUAUUUAUGAGUUAUUGAGUAUGAGUUAAUAAUGCAACAGUGUAAAUGUGUGCGUAUGUGUUACAUAAAUCUAUUUGAAGCGUGCGCUCGCUUGUAAACGCUAUUAAUCAAUUUUCGCGCACAAAUAUUUGUGUGUGUGUGAGUUGACAUGUUGAGUUGACACUUGUCAAAAGCGGUCAUUACACAUUUUUUUGAAGCAUAAAUCGCACACAUUGAUACUUCUUUACACAUAAUAAAUCAUAAAUUGCUUAUCGGUAUUUAUAUAAUUGGCGUGAAGUAAAGUAUUUUGAUAUGACAAGGCGCAUAGUUGGCAAAUUAAGUAAUUAGUAAUGCGAAUUUGAGAUAUUUUUCUAUAAUAAACGAACAAAAAAAUAGUACAACGACUAAUUGGUUAAUUAUAUUAAAGCAAAGCAGUGGUAAAUUAUUGCUUUUUUUUACUUAAAUAACGCGAAAAGUGCGAUAAUGUUCAAAAAAAAAAAUUUGUCUAGAAUCGAGUCCAUUUUAAUAAAAUUAUUGCAGCUGAAAUAUUUUUUUAUUUUUAUUAAUAUUUUUAAAAAUUUCAUUGGCUUCUUAGAAAAUUUUAAUUUUUUUUUUUUAUUCUCCGCCAUUGGAGUUGCCCAAACGUUAUAAAGUAUAAAAUAUAGACUCUCUCUCAAUCAAUACAAAUAACUCAAAAUAGCAUAUUUCUCUAAGAGCCACAAACCUCAACAUGAAACCUUAAUCUAACUACUACUAACUCUAACUACUACUUAGCUGGCAUUACACUUACUACAUACAUAUAAAUACUGUGAGUAUUAUUUUAUAAUAGCAACAUCCUCUUUCCAUGGUCGCAAUUACCAUUAAAUAUCGCAAUACAUAAUAAUAUUUUAUUAAUUCCAAUUAAAAGACAAUACAUACAUACGUUGUAUUCUUUUACCCAUUAUAUACUCUACUAUAUAUACUUAAAUAUAUUUAUAUACAUAUAUACAAUAUCUAAUAUAAAAUAUUUUUAAAUACAUAUACAAUAUUUACAUAUGUACAUUUAGUUUAGCUUUUACUGAUAUGCAUAUAGAUUUUAUUGUUAAAAAAUAUAUUUUUUAAUAAAAUAUACAAAUACAAAA